GCCUGCGAAGUUCCUGUGCUCAUCCUCCUUCUCCAUCUGCAGCCCCGAGGCCUGUGGCUGCAGCCUCCGACGCCACCGGACCCAGGACAGCAUGGCAAGGCCCAGGCACCUCAGGGGCUUGGGCAUGUGUGUGGCAGCAGCACUUCUGGCAUCCUUCCUAGCGGGUUUCAUCAUGGGCUGGUUUAUUAAGCCUUUCAAAGAAAAAACCACUUCAGCUCGCUAUCAUCAAAGUAUGCAGUGGAAACUCUUAUCUGAAAUGAAAGCUGAAAACAUUAGAUCAUUUCUUCGUUCCUUUACAAAACUUCCCCAUCUGGCAGGAACAGAACAAAAUUUAUUGCUUGCCAAGAAAAUCCAAACACAGUGGAAGAAAUUUGGACUAGAUUCAUCUAACUUGGUUUAUUAUGAUGUUCUCUUAUCUUACCCAAAUGAGACAAAUGCAAACUAUGUAUCAGUUGUGGAUCAACAUGGAGUUGAGAUUUUUAAAACAUCAUACCUUGAACCACCGCCAGAUGGAUAUGACAAUGUUACAAAUAUCGUGCCACCAUACAAUGCUUUCUCAGCCCACGGCAUGCCAGAGGGAGAGCUUGUAUAUGUAAACUAUGCUCGUACUGAAGACUUCUUCAAACUAGAAAGAAAGAUGCGCAUCAACUGCACUGGAAAGAUCGUUAUUGCAAGAUAUGGGAAGAUAUUCAGAGGAAAUAAAGUUAAAAAUGCCAUGCUAGCUGGAGCCACGGGAAUAAUCUUGUACUCGGAUCCAGCUGACUACUUUGCCCCUGAAGUACAGCCAUAUCCCAAAGGAUGGAAUCUUCCUGGAACUGUUGCCCAGAGAGGAAAUGUGUUAAAUCUGAAUGGGGCAGGUGACCCACUCACUCCAGGCUAUCCAGCUAAAGAGUACACCUUCAGACUUAAUGUUGAAGAAGGAGUUGGGAUUCCCAGCAUACCUGUACAUCCUAUUGGAUAUAAUGAUGCAGAGAUAUUAUUAAGCCACUUGGGAGGAACUGCUCCACCAGAUGAGAGCUGGAAGGGAACUCUAAAUGUUAGUUACAAUAUUGGACCUGGCUUUAUAGGAAGUGACUAUUCCAGGAAAGUGAGAAUGCAUGUUAAUAACAUCAAUAAAAUCACAAGAAUUUACAAUGUAAUUGGAACUAUCAGAGGAUCUAUAGAACCUGACAGGUAUGUCAUUCUGGGAGGUCAUCGUGACUCAUGGGUGUUUGGAGGUAUUGACCCAACCACUGGAACUGCAGUUUUGCAAGAAAUUGCCCAAAGUUUUGGAAAACUGAUAAGUGGAGGCUGGAGACCUAGGAGAACUAUCAUUUUUGCUAGCUGGGAUGCAGAAGAGUUUGGGUUACUGGGUUCAACGGAAUGGGCUGAGGAGAAUGCAAAAAUGCUACAGGAGAGAAGCAUUGCUUAUAUCAAUUCAGAUUCCUCUAUAGAAGGCAAUUACACUCUCCGAGUUGACUGUACUCCUCUACUUUACCAAUUGGUAUAUAAAGUGGCAAGAGAGAUAUCCAGCCCUGAUGAUGGUUUUGAGAGUAGAUCACUUUAUGAAAGCUGGUUAGAAAAAGAUCCUUCACCUGAAAACAAAGAUUAUCCUAGAAUCAAUAAACUGGGAUCUGGAAGUGAUUUUGAGGCUUAUUUUCAGAGACUUGGAAUUGCUUCAGGAAGAGCUCGCUAUACUAAGAAUAGGAAAACAGAUAAAUACAGUAGCUAUCCUGUAUAUCACACCAUCUAUGAGACCUUUGAAUUAGUAGAGAACUUUUAUGACCCUACAUUUAAAAAACAGCUUUCUGUGGCUCAGUUACGAGGAGCAUUGGUAUAUGAGCUUGCAGACUCUACAAUCAUUCCUUUCAAUAUUCAAGACUAUGGAAAAGCCUUGAGAAAUUAUGCAGCAAGUAUCUUCAAUUUAUCCAAGAAACAUGACCAACAACUGAGAAGCUAUGGAGUAUCAUUUGAUUCCUUGUUUUCUGCUGUGAAAAAUUUUUCAGAGGCUGCUUCAGAUUUUCAUAGAAGACUUACAGAAGUUGAUCUUAAUAAUCCUAUUGCAGUGAGAAUUAUGAAUGACCAAUUGAUGCUCCUGGAAAGAGCAUUCAUAGACCCCCUGGGUUUACCAGGGAGGCAGUUCUACAGGCACAUCAUCUUUGCUCCAAGUAGCCACAACAAAUAUGCUGGAGAGUCAUUUCCUGGGAUUUAUGAUGCCAUGUUUGAUAUUGAAAAUAGAGCAGACCCUCGCUUGGCUUGGACAGAAGUGAAGAAACAUAUUUCUAUUGCAGCUUUCACAAUUCAAGCAGCAGCAGGAACACUGAAAGAUGUUUUAUAGGAAGGAUUCAGUCAAGUGGGUUGACCACCAAAAGUACUGCUAAGAGUCAGAGUAAACUUGAUAUAGGGAGGUCUCAGUCACAUGGACCAUGUGGACUCACUACUAAAGGUGCUGCUGAGAGUUUGUGGACAAAAUCUGUCUUUUCUUUGAUGAUUCACAAAGCCACAGUAUUCUAAAACUGUGAUUUUCAUGUCCUGCCUGGUAUUUACACCUUGUUUAUCUGUAAAGAGGUUUUUUUCUGUUUUUUUUUUUUUUUUUUCUUUUUCACUCUUGCAUGCCUGUUCAGAGAAAGUGAAACUGGAAGCAAUCCUAAUGCCAUGAAUGGAUACAUUGUGGUACAUAUACAGUGGGAUACUACUAAAAAUGAAAGAACUGCCAGCCAUCCAACAUUCCUGGCAGACACUGCUGCAUAAAAAGCUAGACAUGAAAGAAUAUAUAAGGUAAAGCUAAUCUGCAGAGCUAGAAAUAGGAUAGGAAGCUUUCUAGAUAGUUUUCUAUCCCUUAAGCUUUGGCUUAGUUAUACAGGUUUAUGCAUUUCCAAAUUUCAUGAAACUGUUAUUUAAAUGUGUACACAUUUUGUUUAAAAUUAUGGUCAAAUAAAUUUAAUUAUAAAGAAACCUAAAAAAAUGGAGGCCAGGUAAAGAAAUAGAAACAGCACAUCUUCCUGUAUAAAUGACUAGGGAGUACAUGGAGUACACAUGGUCCAAAAAAAAGUCAGUGCCUGUACUUUCAUAACUUUGGCUUCACUGAAUAAAGCAUGUAAGUCUAACAAGCGAGGAAAUACUUGCCAAAAAUCUCCAUUCUGAUUCCUGCAAGAAAAGUUUAAUAGCACCUGUAAGUUGAAUUUACUGCUGGGAGGCAUGCACUCUCAGCUUCCAGGCUUCUGGCAUGACCCCCUCCUCCCACUGUCCUUAUGACAAACUGAUACAAUAUUCCCCCAAACUACAAUUUAGGGAACAGAGGUAUUUAUUGGGCUAACAGAGCAUAUGAUGGCAGUCAGGGGAUUUACAAAGGUAUGGACGCUUGGGCGUCCCACCCCCUACGUUUCGGCUGUGGCUUCCAUACCUCCUGCCGCUAGUCCAAGAUUGCAAAGUGCCUUCCUUCUCUCUUCCUGUCCCUAUCCUUAGCCCCUCCCCUUCAUGCAGUUAAGGCUGACUGAUUGGGUGGGAGGGGUGACUGUCUCCAUCUGCCCCUCCCCUCCUACAGAAAGUCUUAGGGUCCAAUUUGUUUGAAUUAAGUGGAGGUGAAGCUAGAGAAGAAGGAAUCUAUCUUUGCUGGUCAUUUGGAGGACAAGCUUAUCUAACACUCCACCCCUUCCUCCAGCUCUUACAAUCUUCCCACCAGCUUCUUCCACAAGAGUCCCUGAGCCUUGGAGGGACUGACAGAUGUAGGAUGACCUCUUGUGGUGAGAUACUGAACUCCUGGGCCUUUGCAUCAUUUGUUGCCAAGACAUGGCUGUUAAUGCAUCUCAGUGGUAUUUCUCCCACUAUAAAGACAAAUGAAAAGAAGCAGAACAUUUAAACAAACAUUGACUGUCAUACUAAUCUAAUGAUGGGUGUAAAUACAAAUGCUUAGAAGGCACCUUAACAAGUGCAUCACAUUCCUCUAACAAAACACUUACAGCAGUUUCCCCACUGGGGCCUAUAACCUCCCCUGCCACAGGGGGUUGGCCUGGUUUAUAGCACCAGAUGUGUGUUCCAACCCUAGGAGUGGGCCUUAUAUCAAAUCAGAAAUUUGUCAGUUGUACAUAUAUUAGUAGAGCCACUAAUUACAUCAGCAGGCACAUCUUACUUGGCAUGUGGAUAGCGUGCAGCACAAGGGUGUGGGAGGGAGUCCAUCAUUGAGCAGAACUUUUGGGGAAUGUUCUCCCCUAACGAUUCUGCUAGGCACCUCCUGGCACUAUGACCACCAGCCAUCUGGUGGCAGGGAGUUUCCAGUUUAGUCUCAGCUUCAUCUCUUGCUCUCCUGUGCUCACAUCAUGCAGUUUCUUCAGCAACAGAGCCUUCUUGACUCUGACAAGCAACCAACAUUAGUGGCAACAGCCUUUAUCAUUGUGAGGACCUUCAGGGUCUCUCUGGCCAACAGCUCUUGGGGCGGGGUGGGGUGGGGGCACAACCCAUCCCUGGUACUGGAAGUUUUACUUAACAAUUGUACAUUUCUUGGGAGCCUCUAUUUUUA